CAUCAACACAUAUAGACCAUUUUUUUUUUUCUAUUCAGUCUUUUGUGUUUCCCCAGGUGCUCAAUUGUACCUCUUAACCAAUUUUUUAAACAAGAAAAAGUUAACCAUUCUAACCCUAGUUUUGACUUGGGUUUGAAAUUUGGGCUUUCUAUAAAUCUCCCCUGUUUCCUUCCAUGUGCAAUCCUCCCUCUCCUUUAUUGUUGCAGAGUAUAACAGACAUACCAAAAAAAGAAAAGAGGUCAAAAAAUGGUGUCUUUAAGUUUUAGUUCCUUUAUGCUUGUUAUGUUACUCUUCAUUUUUCUUACCAUAAAGGAUACAAUUGCUCAUACUGAUGACCAAGCUAAACAAAUAGUCCAUGAGGCUGAAAAUUACAACGCCAGUGAUCUAAAGAGUUAUCUUAGUGUGAAAAAGAAAGUUUUGGAGAGUGUACCCGCCGCUGCUGCAUUCAGACUGGGAGGAAGAAAAAUGAUGAUAGAGAGAACAAAAGACAUGAAGGAAGUGAAGAAAGGUGAAUCAUCAGGAAACUACAAUAGGCCUCUUGGUCAUGACUCGCGAAAGAACUUACAUUAUCAGGGCAAUGAGAGUGAUUCAAUGAAUUCAGCAAGUACACACAACUUGAAGAACGAUGAUCAAUCUGAUGAUAAUGGAUCAUUUCAGAAGAUUGAAUCAGAGAAACUUGUGGACGAUAUGACUGAGUUAUUCACCAUGAUGAACAAGGACUAUGUUGGAGGUCCAGGAUCAGGAAGCAAACCCCGUCACAAGCCCCCAAUCAACAAUUUCCAGCCUCUCCACAGAUCAAAUCCUUAAAAUUAUGUAAAAUUUUUGGUUUUGGUUCAACAAUUUUGGCCUACUCCAUAAGUCAUAGGAGGAAAACUAAACAAUACACUAACCCAAUUUUGGAACAAUUUUGCUUGGUGGCAUGUACUAGUUAAUACUAUAAUUUAUUUUUUCUAGGUGUGUUGUACUGAUGUGUAAGAAUCAGUAUUUUGAUUCCUUAAUAUUCUAUAUAGUAUCACUGGUCAAAACAGAAAGACUGCAUUUUGUUUAAAAAUAAUACUACUAACCUCAGUGUGACAGUAAUUUAUGAUUAAAGCUCAAUUUGGUGCCGAUGAAACAGUAUAACAUCACAUGGUUAGUUUGUAGCUUUUUAGUUUUAUGUCAUUUUUACGCCUUUUUUUUUAACUCGUAAAAGAUCUGAAAUGAUUUUUGUGACCCUAAAGUUUCUUGCAAUGAUCAAUGGUAACCUUUGUGGAUGUACACUUCUUACUGUCAUUGGCAUAUCUUUUACAUCAUCAGUAUCACAACAGUUCUAAAUACUAGAAGAAUAUAUUUUUAUUUCUUUUUUUUUUUGCUUUCCUCUUUUACCUGUUACCAUUACAUUGUAUAAUCCCAAAAUAACACUGAUUAACCCGGAUCCCUACUUAACCUGACCCGGUUGCUUAAUCUCAGCCCAAUAUAUUUUGAGGGAUAUCCUUAUUCGGCUGGGGCAAAAUAUAACUAAGGCCCCUAAAUAAUUCCUGAUUUUGAUAUAACUAAUGCCUCAAUUACAUUGGCAUACACAUGAUCAAUGCGUUUCCACAAGCAACAAAUAAUAAUAUACUCAGUGUGAUCUCACGAGUGGGGUUAAGCUUAAUAAGUUCCAUAACAUGCAGCUGGUGAAGCAUAUGUCCUCGCCCUCGUUCACAAUAUCAGUUAACAUUUACCCUAGUUCUCUACUACUCUUCCAACCACAGACAAGAUACAUACUAACUUAACAACGAUUCUUCCCUAACAUCAACACAUCUAGACUAUCAAUUUUUUAAACAAGAAAAAGUUAAAAAAUUCUAACCCUCAGCUUUGUGGAACUUGGGCUUUCUAUAAAUUUCCCCUGUUUCCUUUCAUGUCCAUCCCUCUUCUAUAUUGCAGAUUAUAACAGACAUACCAAAAAAAGAGAAGGUCAAAAAUGGUGUCUUUAAGUUUUGGUUCAUUUAUGUUUUUCUUCAUUUUUCUUACAAUAAAGGAUACAAUUGUUCAUACUGAUGAUCAAGGUAUGUACUUUUUUCCAAUCUUCAAUACAUUUUUUAUAAUUUAGUUUAUAGUUGAUCUUUCUUAUGAAGUUGAACAGAUGGUACAUGAAGCUGAAAAUGAUAACGCAAGGACGAGUCAUCUCAGUGUGGAGUAGGAAGUUUUGGAUGGUGUACCGGUAGCUGCGGAUUUCAGCAUUGGAAAAAUGGAAGGAAGAAAGACAUGAAAGAAGUGAAGAAAACUGAAUCAUCAGAGCAAUGAGAGGGAUUCGAAGAAUUCAGCAAGUACACACAACUCGAAGAACGAUGAUCCAUCUGAUGAUAAUGGAACAUUUCAGAACCUUGAGUCAGAGAAUUUUCAGGAUGAUGCGACUGACUUUUUCACAACGAAAAAAAGAUUAUGUUGGAACGCUAAGACCUCGUCACAAGGUCUUAGUACCAGAUACCAAUGGUGAUUAGUUCCAUCCUUCUUUUGCGGGUGUGACUUGGAGACAAGGGUGAGUACUUGACGUUUUGAGUUUGUCUUGUCUUCUUUUGUUUAAGCUAGUAUUGUUGUCUUUGAGACACGCUUUGUUGUGGUCCACCUAUUGGACUUGUACUCCUUAUUAGAUAGCUCUGUAUUAGUGACUUCCAAAUUCUGGAAGGGACAACUGUAUAUAUUUAUUUUGGUUGUUUUCGCCUUGUUAUUCUUAUUUAAAUUAUUAUUUUCUCUAA